CCACGGGAGCUGUCCACUAUCCGGUGCUGAAAUAUCUUUAGCCUGUUACUAGCACUUCAGGAUCUCCUACAAAUGCAAUUAAGGCAAACAAGUAUCAGCCAAUCCUAUUCACAAGCUCACAGACUCAGUUGUUCUCAGCAGCAGCGAUCAAACUGCUGAAUGUGAAGCAUCGGGACAAGGAUACAUUAAUCAGAUCCAUCUGCACAAAAGCUCCGGUCUUAAGGAAGCCACAGAGAGGUCAGGAAUAUAGAAGGAUAUCCCAGCUGCUGAAUAACUGCUAACCACGGCUGGAUGGUGACUUGAGUUGGCUGAAUUCUAAUGACACAGUCUACCUGACAAACUUCAUUGCACCUAGAGGGCUCAGCCACAGGGAAAAAAAACUUGUUGGCAGAUUGAAAGGUGUUCAUUGUCAGGGAGAGAAUUGCAGUGCAGACACUGUGAACAGUUUAUCUGUCUUGCGUUGUGAAUGAGCAUCUUGAAAUAUUAUGCAUUCUACACUCAGCCUGUAAUGGGCUUCUCUGAUGCCAAACUUCACACUGAGAAAUCAAUUGGUGGUCAUACAUCGAGACUUACAGUCACAGCUUGCCAAUUACUUAUAUACUAGAUGAUUUAUGUCCAUUUGGAUGAGAAGCUACAAAACUACCUGAUGUUUCUUCAAACCUAUUUCUUUUAGGUGUGCAAUAUCUGUGCAUUAGUUUUCUACAUACUGUCUAUGGAGAAUCAACAAACAACCUUGAACUGAGUCACCCAGGACAUAUAGUGGAUCUAUCAAUCCUUAUAAAGUGUGCAUCAUUUCAGCUGAAUCUUAUGGCUUGAAGAUACGAAGAUUCAAACUGGAUGCAUCGUAAAUGGAUGAUGGCAGAAGAAUCUGUUUCUUAUUAAAGAAUUGACUUGAACAGGAAUAUUCUAAACUACAUGGAUAACCACAAUCUGACCACCUACAAUGUUGAAAUUAAUAAUGGCACCAAUGGUACAGCAUUUGACGAGAAGGGUCAAUAUAAUUACUAUGCCAUGCUCCUUACUCUUCUUAUAUUCGUCAUCGUCUUUGGGAAUGUUUUGGUUUGCAUGGCAGUUUCUAGAGAAAAAGCUCUACAGACCACCACCAAUUACCUAAUUGUGAGCUUGGCUGUAGCAGAUCUCUUGGUGGCAACUUUGGUGAUGCCUUGGGUGGUUUAUCUGGAGGUGGUUGGCGAGUGGAGGUUUAGUCGCAUCCACUGUGAUAUCUUUGUCACCCUUGAUGUUAUGAUGUGUACAGCCAGUAUCCUUAAUCUCUGUGCCAUCAGCAUUGACAGGUACACAGCAGUUGCCAUGCCAAUGCUUUACAAUACUCGAUACAGUUCCAAACGGAGAGUGACAGUUAUGAUUGCUGUGGUGUGGGUCCUGUCCUUCGCUAUCUCAUGUCCCCUUAUGUUUGGACUGAAUAAUACAGAUUCCUUGGAGUGUGCCAUAAAAAACCCUGCAUUUGUCAUCUAUUCUUCUGUUGUUUCCUUUUAUGUCCCCUUUAUUGUCACACUCCUGGUAUAUGUCCAGAUUUACAUAGUACUACAGAAGAGACGGAAGAGAGUGAACACCAAACGCAACAAUCAUGGCUUGGAUGCAGACGGCCAUAAGGACAAAUGUACUCAUCCAGAAGAUGUGAAGUUAUGUGCAGUCUUUGUUAAAUCAAAUGGGAGAUUCUCAGCUAAUAAAAAGAAAGUGGAAGCUGGAACCCACCAAGAAGAGAUGGAGAUGGAAAUGAUGUCAAGCACAUCACCACCAGAGAAAUCAAAACAUAAGUCUGCUUCUCCCAACCACCAACAUCUGGAUGUACCUGCCCCAUCUGACCAGUGCAACAAUGCUGACUUACCUUCUCCAGCUGACAGUCCAUAUAAGACUGAAAAGAAUGGACAUCCAAAAGACAAUGGAAAAGCAACUAAAGCACUUGAAAUACAGUCAAUGCCAAAUGGAAAAACACAAACAUCACUUAAAACUUUAAGUAAGAGGAAACUCUCCCAGCAGAAAGAAAAGAAAGCCACACAAAUGUUGGCCAUAGUACUAGGUGUCUUCAUUAUAUGCUGGCUUCCUUUCUUUAUUACCCAUAUCCUAAAUAUUCACUACAGCUUACCACCAACCAUGUAUAAUGCAUUUACUUGGCUUGGUUAUGUUAACAGUGCCGUCAAUCCUAUCAUCUACACCACGUUCAAUGUUGAAUUCAGAAAGGCAUUCAUAAAAAUUCUUCACUGCUAGGAAAUAUACUGGAGAGUUAAAAAAAAAUAAUGAAGAACCCAAACAGGAAGCACUCUUUCUCCUAUGGUGGUCCAAGCAGAAUGCCACGUUUUCACCCAGGAGGCAGCCAUAUGUACUAUUCGUAAAAGAUUGUUGAAUGAGCCACAUGAGUGGUUAAGUCACCUGGAGACCAACAUUGAGUUUUCAGCAACAUUUUUACUUAACGUCAUAAUUACAGUAAGGAUGUUCAACAAGUCACAUAUCGUAUUGACAAGAAAGAUCCAGUCAUUGGGCAACUGAGCCUUAAUGGUAUUAAGACUUCACCUUUACUCACAAUAAAGUCAAGUUUGUAUUGAUUCAGCCUUUGAUAGUGAAACUAGUGAAAUAAAGGGCAGACAUAUAACAAAAUAAUCGCAAUCUCACCAAAGACAGUGCCAUUUUGAUCUCUUUUGUGCAAUAGCAGAUACAAAACUAUCAUUUGCAUCUGAAUCAGGGCACUGGGGCUUAUUUUAUUGUAAUGUGAUGUCCUCCACACAAUGUAACUGUGUGAUACGUGGGCUUUUCUACAGUUGCCAGCUCCAGCUACCUGGUGGAGGAGAUGUUCUACUAUAAUGGUUAAUGCAAUGUGUAAAUGAUGCAGGAAAAGAAUCAAGUGACAAAAGUGUAUAUACUGUACGUGAAUGAUCCGAUAGAAGCCCAAGCCAAAAAAUUAUAUAAAUAAAAAUCUGUUGUGCACGGUGUGUGUUAUGUAUAGAAUAACCAUUAUCACACCAUGCCUAAAGCUAAGGAAUUGUAAUAUAUAAAAUACACUUGCUUCUGAAAGACCCAAAUUGUUUUACAAUCAUUUUCAUGUCAGUUUGAUAAAAUGUAUCGGACAAUUUUCACCACUGUAUUAAUGUAAGAUCCAUCAGAGAUCUGGUGAUACCUGUAACGAGUGUAUUGACCGUUUUGCUGGCAGAAAAAAAUACAUCUAAAUGUGCCAAUAUUCUCAAUGCCUCCUAAAAAAACCAAUAUUGCAUAUGUGCAAAACAGCUUUUUUCCACAGCACUUUACAUA